AUGGCAACAUCCGGCGUUCCCGUUCCCUCACUGGAAAUCCAGACAGUCGGAGAGAAAAACAGACUGCAGAAGCCCAUGGUGCAGAAGAUACGUCGAGACCGCAUCAACGGCAGCAUCGAGCAACUGAAACUCCUGCAAGAGAAGGAAUUCCAGAGACACCAGCCCAACUCCAAGCUGGAGAAAGCUGAUGUUCUGGAGAUGACUGUCAGCUACCUGAAAUGUAGCCAGAACUUCACUGUGAGCAUCCUCGCCUCUAAAUCCUAUUCCUCCCGCCUCAAGGAAACUCUGCAGUUCCUGGCCAUCCACUCAACAGACUCCAAAACCCAGAGCAAGCUCUUAAGGCACUUCCAGAAGCCUUUGGGCGAUGACCGUCACAUGCACCACUCCGAUCCCCACUCUGCUCCACAAGGCAUCACUCAAGAAGGCAAUAUCAAAGCCAACUUGCAAACUCUGGAGGCCUUGAGACGAGGUCAUGCUGUCGAGCAGGAUGCACAGAAUUUGUAA